AUGUUUGGUCGAGUCGCGCCCUUUUCUCAGCUUUGGAGUGACGAUGAUCACAUCCGCGCGAAGAGUGUGUGCAUCAUCCCAUCGUCCGAUCUGGUUGUACUAUUUCGCUUGAAGCGAGCAUCUGGGGGCAAGGGGUCGGGCAAGAAAACGCCUCGACGGUCUGUGACCUCUGCGGUCUUCUACCCCGUCUCCCUGCGACGAUGGUUUGAAUAG